GCUUCCAGCGCAAACGAGACCGGAGGCAAGAGGAAGGACACCCACGACGAGAGCCCCAACAGCAGCAAGCAGCAAAGGAGCAAGCGCAACCGGUACAUAUCAAUCGCCUGUAACGAAUGCAAGCGACGCAAGAUCAAGUGCAACGGCGAGACACCAUGCCAACGAUGCGGCAACCUCAACUUGCAAUGCCUCUACGCUCCCAACUGCUGUACCAACAACUUCAAAGACUCGGACGAGUUCAAACACAUGAACAACACCGUGUCUCGUCUCCAGGAACAGGUCGAGACUCUGUUCAACAAUCUUAAUGCACUCCGUUCCGAGUCCCUACGUCUAGCCCCUCAUCAAGGUCAAGAUCGGGGGCUUUCCCUCCCGCCUGCGGCCAGUGCAGGCACGCCAUCUCCCUCGGCUUCCGGCACACCACUGCAGCGUGCAGAGCUGGGAAACGUCCGGCCGUCUGGCUUCCGAGGGCCCACCAAUACCAACUUCAGCCUCGACGUCGCCAAGAACACUCUGCACAAGAUGGGCUACAGCAAUCUGGAAGAUGCCCCAUAUGGCAAUGCCGUGUCUCAAGAACCAAUGCCUGGCACACCCUCCAUGCCGGCGCCACCCGGGCCUGAAUCGCAACAUGUUCCUGCAGAUCCACUGUGGGAAUUCGACAAGGACGAAAUAGUGAGGCUCUGUCGGGUUUACGAAGAGGAAGUCGGCAUCAUGUACCCUGUCGUCCGAGUGGAAUCCGUCGUAAACCAUGCCAAGAUCCUCGCAACUUGGAUGGAGGCAGCGAAGAAGCACUUCCUCAAUGGCGGGCCACCCACGUCUCAGGGCAGCGGAAUCACGGACCACAAGACCAUCAUACUCAAGCUUGUCAUGAUUAAUGCGCUUAUUGUAGAGGAGCACGGUGACAGCGACAAGGCUUUCAGGAUUCUGGCCAGCAUCCAGCCAAUCCUCGAUAAGAUGACUAUGACUGACCCGAGCGAUGUCGCCAACCUGCCAUUGCUGGCUCUCCUGGGCGGCUACGAGUUCCUUGCUAACAAUGAAAUACUGGCUUGGCGAGUCAUCGGUAUAGGCCUGCGCCACUGCAUGGAGCUCGGUCUUCACCGUCGCGAAGCCAUCUCGCGAAUCCCCGAUGAGGAGGACCGUCGAAACGCAAUUCACACCUUUUGGAGUUGCUAUGUCCUGGACAGGCGCUGGAGCUUCGGUACAGGCCUGCCUUAUGCCGUGUCGGACGAUGAGAUUGAUCCUGACCUACCCUUGCCUGACCAACAUCCGUAUUUGGUGGCCAUGAUAUCAUAUUCGAAGCUCAGCGCCAAGGUCUGGCGCCUCGUGAGGCAUUUUGAGCCUAACAUGGCGAUGGACCUGCGACAGAACGACAUUGACGAUCUUGACCGUCAGAUCAAGCAGUGGUAUACCGAAGUCCCGGCCGAGGUGCAGCUUGAACUGGCCGACUGGGAAUCGAUGCCGCCUUCGAUUGACACGCCCACGAACUCGAAUGUAGGCUACAAUAUUCAUCGCCUACAGAUUUGGACUUAUCUUCGACUGAACCAAAUUCGAACCUGGCUUCACAUGCCCAUUCUGCACACCCUCAGCAGCAUAAUGGAAAACCUCCGCGGUGCCGAGCGAGCUGUCAAGCUUGCUCAGAAUACAAUCAAAUACCUGAACCACAUCAACAACACAACGAACAUCUACCGUAAGAUCCAGGUUUUCUACCACCAAUUCUUGACGUCAGCCAUUGUUGUCUUGUUCCUCGCGUCAUGCCACGCCCCUGUCAACUUCAGCGCCGCCUGUCGCGAUGAGUUCCACAUGGGCCUCGAGCUUGUACGCGACUUGAGCACCAAGUCUUGGGUCUCGAAGCGCCUUUGGCGCAGCAUCAAGUCCUUGAAGGAAGUUGCGCCAAAGCUUGGAUUGGCCGAGGCCGAUGACCCGCAUUCUAGUGCGGCGUUGACCAUGGCAGGGCUGGCAACUGGCCAUAUGGGACCAACUCCCACCAGCACCGGCGCUACCUUCGCCCAACCUGUGCCCACCAGUGCGCCCGGAAACGCCAUUCCCACCGCAGAUGGCGCUCAGAACGGUCAGCAGAUAGCCAAUGAGAUGGCAAGGCUUUUCGAAGGCUAUGCAGGCAUGAGCGCCUUU